AUGUUCACCCCCGUCCACACAACCCUAGGGGCCCUCCUGCUCUUCAGCGGCUCCUUUGGGCUACUCCUACACAACGGACGCGUCUUUGGCAUUUCGUCUAUUUUACGCACCUGUUUAUUGGAUCCGGGUUUGCUGUUUCGCGGCCGUCGCGACAAACAGAAACAGAAUGAGCCCACUGAGGAAGUCCAAGAAGAUGAGAAUUUUCCUACGUUGGCGGGUCUGAUUACGAGUCCAUUGCUGGUCAAGCUGCUGGUUCCUUCAUUGCUUCCUUCGUAUCCUGAGAUGGGGUCUACGACGACGGCGUGGGUCUCGGCAGCCGCGACGCUUGGAUUAGGCGUUUUGACGGGUUGGGGGACCAAGAAUGACCAAGGCUGCACAUCCGGUCACAUGCUCUGCGGCCUCUCUCGUCUCUCAGCACGCUCCCUGAUCGCCACCGCCAUCUUCUUUACCACGGCUGUCGUCACGGCCAAUUUGUCCCCUCUAUUGACGGGCAUAGACCUCAUCCCGGCUUGCGGCAAUGGCGCCACUCCGUGCUAUUACCCUACUUACCCUUCUGGGUACGAAUUGGCUGUCAUGACGACAAGCUGCAUCUCAGCGUUGUUCACCACUUUCGUCCUUGGCCCGAAAGUUCUGACGCGUUCGUACAAGUCGAGACGCGUAUUCGCGUAUCUUGCUGGUGUCCAGUUUGGACUUGGUUUGUUAUUUUCCGGCAUGGCGGACUCGAAGAAAGUCAUCCGGUUCUUUGCCUUGUUUGGCGGCGCUGUCGACAAAUUCGAUCCAUCGUUGGCACUCAUCAUUCUUUUUGGAAUUGGUCCCUCCCUGUAUGGGUACUUGACUGCUGAACCGGGCAAAAAUGCAGAGAAACCACCAACUUUGGCGGAGAAAUGGUCUCUGCCAAAGCUCACGGUUGCCGAUAUCAAUUGGCGGUUCAUUGUUGGAGCGGUUAUUUUUGGUGUGGCUUGGGGUUCGAGUGGAACAUGUCCUGGACCUGCCAUUCUGAGAUCCGUCCUUCAACCGGUUUGGGGCGUUCUUUGGAUGAGUGGAUACUUCUUGGGAGGUGUUGUAGGAUAA